GGGCUAUAAGUACAGAAAUAUUUUCGAGGAUUGUUUUUCCUAUAAACAUUCGGAUACCUCAUAACAGAUUCGGGGAAUUACCUUUUUUCGUGAAACUACCCAAUUGAAUUUUUAUCUUCCUUUUCAGGGAAUCCCCUCUGUAUGGAUUCAACAUGACGUAGAUUUAAAAGGAGGCGAAUUACCGCUUUCAUGAUUGAAACUUGAAAUAGGUAUUCUGAGUGAGUGUUGAUAGAAAAGAGUCAAAUAUGGAAAGAAGUGGUAACAGUAAAUCUGAGAGCUCAAAUCCAAAUAACGAUAAAUACUGGAAAAGCAGAGGAUAUCAAGGAAGGCCAGACAAUUGGCAAGAUCUCUCCAAGAAAACAACACUUUCCAAAGAAUCACAAGAUAACAGGUCCAGACAGAUGAACCCUAACAAUGAUGCCUACUAUAAAUCGAGACAGGGAAAAUAUUAGUUAUUCCUCCACGGAACAAUCGAUCAACAAUUUAGACUUACUACUUUUUAUAAUUAUUAUAAUAUUAUUUUUAGAUGUAGAAAACACAUUUUUUUAAAUAUUUUUCCUCAAGAUUUCUUCAGCUAUGACUAAAGUAUUAUUCAAAAAGCAUACAUAAACCACAAAACCUCUAUAACGUUUAUUGUUAAACAUGUAUCUUUGACGU